AUUGUGGGACAACCUAGAUCUCUAUCAAUGAAAUGUGGAUCUAUUUAAAAUAAAAAAAUAAAAAAUGUUGACGGACAUUCCCUGCCAAGAAAUCCACAGUAAUAGAAUAGUUUACACUGUCUUUAUUAUAUGUGCUUUCCAUAUCUUGCUUUAUCCUCAUCAGAUGUUGGUGCAGAUAUAAUUUUGGACUGUGUUGGUGCCACGCACUGGGAGAAGAACUUGGAAUGUCUUAACACUGAUGGCCGCUGGGUGGUCUAUGGGCUGAUGGGCUCUGGUGAGAUUAAUGGAGACUUGCUGGCAAAGUUGCUAUGGAAGAGAGGAAGCCUUAUUGGCAGUCUAUUGAGAUCCCGCUCUGGUAAGUAUAAAGCAGAGCUGGUGAAGGCGUUUACAGAGCAGGCUCUGCCGCACUUUGCCCCUGGGGGUCCCAUCCACCUACGGCCGAUAGUGGACAGUGUGUACCCCCUGCAGAAGAUUGCUGAUGCCCACCAGCGCAUGGAAGACAACAAGAACACAGGCAAAAUUGUCCUUCAAAUCCCAGUGUAACACUGGAAGAGCAAGUAGUCAUGGGUCAGUUAUGUUCCUCUACACUCAUAUGCACGGUAGAUCAUGUUUGCCGUUUUGGCUAUUUGAUGACAUGUAAGUGACAGGAACAUCAGCUCGCUAGUCACCUCCAAUGUAGCCCAAAGAGGACCUGUCGCCUCUCCUGUAGUUUUAAGUUAAAAAAAAAAUCUAUUCUUCUAUGAAAUAAUUAUUCUUGAGCAUCUUUUCUUAGAACAAUGCAUUGUGCCACUGUUAUUCCCCCUGGAAAUGUAAGGAUGAAUUGACAAAUGGGUGCUAUUGUUAUCCUUGUCAGUGAGGUGUGUCCCUACACCAUGACAUUAUCAUUAAGCAUUACUGACCGUGUCAUGCUGUAGUAACAUAGUAACAGUUUAUAAGGCUGAAAAAAGACAUCUGUCCAUCCAGUUCAGGUGGUAAAACAGACAUGUGGAGUCCCACCUCUCUCUAAAAGAGUUAUCCUUUUUGGACAAUGCCUUUUCAACCUAUGGUUCCUCCAUUGACCAGAAGUGCCAAAAGUGCAUUAGAUGGCUGUCUUUUAUUUUAAUGGACACCAAUGGUUUUCCCAAUUGUCUUCAUUAACAAAGAGGAAUCCAAAAAAGGAGAAACUAUGACUACCUCUGUAUAUAUCAGGUUAAACCCGUCUCAGAACUGCUCCUACAUAAUCAAGCCUUACAUUACAUUACUGUCACCUUAAAGGGUUGUCCACUUUCGGGUUACUGCUGACCAAUGUGUUUGUAAGAGGAUUAUAUUGCAAUUACUGAUAUAGCCUUUGUUGAAAUUCUGCAUCAUUUUCUAUAUUUUAUAAGCUAUGCCCACUUGUUUAUAGAGUAUUUUGUGCUGUACACAUAGAGGUCCUGUCCAUAAAAUGGCUGCUGAUGGAGGGUCAUGUGACCAGGCAAAUCACCUCCAUGUGAUGUCUCCUCCAUUCAGAUACACUGCACCUGCCAUCUGCACUCGUUCUGUUGGGUAUUUAAUACAGCUACAGUGUGUUUGAAUGGAGGAGAUAUCACAUGGAGGUUAUUUGCCUGCUCACAUGACCAUCCAUUAGCAGCCAUUUUGUGGACAGGACCUCUAUGUGUACAGCACAAAAGACUUGGCAAACCCGGGGGCAUAGCUUAGGUUCCUGGGCCCUGGUGGAAAAUCAUUAACAGGGACCACUGAUCAUGUGCCUUUUAUAUUACUGGUGUUUUCUUUGGGUACUGGCACUUUGGGUCUCCCACAGGAACUGGCGCCCAGGCUUGACGACUACCUUUGUAUCACCUAUAACUAUCUUCCUAUACUAUACAUACCAGCCUGGCCAUCCAACCUGAGACCAUGUUUGAUUCAUGACAUUGAUUAUUUGUGAAUUCCACCAAGUUCCAAUUACAAAAUGGAUACUUCCUUCCCUCCCCUUUCCUUUCUUUCCUUUUCCUUACCUAGUU